AUGGAGUGUGGGGCCCUGAGGUCACGUGGCGAUUCACCACAGCUUUUCAGACCGUGUCUUUUGCGGCCUUCGGCCUUGGCCUUCAAAACUGCGGUCGCAAGGCCGAGGGGGUUCUGCCUUUGCAGCUUUUGUUUUGCUCUUAGGAAGGCGAAAUACUUGACGAAACGGCACAAACAGGAGUAUUGGGGGUUUGUGGAGGUGGCCGUGGCUUCUACUUCAGAGGGGUUGGAAGUACGGGUUGGUAUCCCAUUGUCGGGGAAGAAUACACUGACAGAGGUAAAACCAACGGAGAUUCGGUCGGAUUUUAGCAUCCCACCUUCGGUGGGUUUAAGGCUACCUACUGCGGCGGAUGUGAUUAGAUAUCCUCUAGAGGGAUGUGUGCUCAUUUUUAUAGAUAUGUAUAACCAUGGCUUCAUACUACCACUUCAUCUGUGGGUGCAAAUGAUGUUGGCCAAACUUGGGUAUGAGUCGGGGCAAUAUAAUCCCAACUUCUGGAUUUUACUGCAUGGGUAUAUAUUGCUUGGUGGUUGGCGGGAUUGGGGGAGCCAACGUUUGAGCAGUUCAUGUAUCUGUAUUCAGUUUCUAGGCAACAGGGAAACUUUGGCUGAGUGCAAGCCAAUUGUUGAAAAGCAAAAGAGAAAGUGUCCAUUAGGGAAGACUGUCGCCAAACACAUUUCUAGCCAUUUCCAGUCUAUAGGUUCAAUGAAGUGGGCCUAUCUCAAAGGAAAAGGAAGACGAGGUUGGGAAGAAUCUGCUAGAGUCCGGACUCUUAAAAGGGAGGAAGUGGUCGUGCACAUUAAUGAAGCCAAAAAGCAGAGGCGACUGAAGGCAUCUCGAGCAAAAAGGCUGAGAAUAAGGGGGCUUGUCACCAAAGCCUUGGCGGGGAAGGGGAAGGCUUUGAAGGAAGCCCACCAUAGUGUGAUGGGGACGGGACCGAGGCUUCCACCCUUUGAUCUACAGGCACCGCUAAAGCUUCCCUUUGGUAUGGAGGAAGUUUUUGCUAAGGGGAUGGAGAGGGUUGACUUCAGCGGGCUGCGUAGACAGGAGAAUGAGGUGAGCCUGGCCAUGCACCUGCAGGAAGUGCCCUUGGUCAACGUCUUCCUAGAAGGCAUCAAGAGUGACCCCGAGGCCUUGGCGAGGAUGCACACCUCCUCCUUUGCAGAGCGGGCACAGAAGACGAUCCUUACAUCGCCUAUGUAA